AUUUGAUCCACCGAAAAAAGAAAAAUCUGAAGGCGAAACGUAGAACGGUAGAGAAGAAUGUAUUCAAACCGAAGCCAAGAUGAGCAGUCCCCUGCCUGCAGCCGGAACUCCCCUGAGUUCUUCACCUUUUUAAUUCCCUCCAAUUCUUCUUCUUCCUCUUCCAUCGCCUACGUCGAAUCGUCCGUUACUGAAGAACGAAUGAAGGCGGAAUUUUGUAAACGAGCCGAGAGUAGAGGACUUUUGGAAUAUACUCCUGAUUUGAUUCUUCCGGAUCAGUGGAUGAUCAUCGACCAUACUGGUGUUUGCUGUUCUUCUGUGUCUACCGAUGUGGCCUUUGCAUGUUCUGUUCAGCAAGUUACUCAAUGUAGAAGCUGUAGAAGAUGAAGUUAUAGAUGGUUUAGUCAGGAAAUGGGAAGACAAAGAAUUGUCCCUAUCACACUUUGUUAAAGUGCUACAUAUAAACCAGCUUCACUCUUGGGAUUGUGGUCUGGCAUGUGCUGGCUGCUGCUAUGGUUUUGAAUGCAACUGGUGUCAAUGAUUGCAGCAUCCAUGCUUUAGCAGACAUGUGCUGCACAACUAGGUAUGAUUAUACUAUGUUUAAUCAGAGAUUUUAUUAUAGCAUAAUAACAAG